AUGCGCUUCUUCGCCGUCGCCGCCCUCUUCCUCGGCAGCGUCGCCCUCGCAGCGCCCUCCACGGGAAAGACAAAGGACUGCUGCUGCUGCGACAUCUCCCAACCGGCCAUAGUCUGCAAGAAAAACGUCAAAACCGAAGACUGCAUCUGCGCCGCCGUAGUCUGUCCCGUCAAUGCUCCCACCUACUGGCCUGCCACGGCCAGACCCACCGCUACGUCCGUCCCUACUUCUGCUGUCGCUGCUAAGCGCGAGGAGCCGAAGGAGCCGCCUACUCCCGCGGGGCCACCGUGCUGCUGCUGCGAUCCCUCCAAGGAUGCCAUCGUAUGUGAACUGCGUGCUCAAGGAGAGGACAAUACCUGUAUGUGUCCUAUGGUCAAGUGCUCUGCCGGUGUGAAGACUUUAACGGUCUGGCCGGGCGCGGAGGAGACAAGCAUCUAA